AUGUCGACUGUUGAACAAAGGGCGCUGAAAGACAAUUUCGCUCUACCUUUAACAAAGGCUACAUCCGGCACUCUAGAAGAUGAUAUGGAUGAUAGCAAAAAAGUUCCCGUGGCCCUGUCGAUACGCGCCCUAGACUUUUUAGAGGGGGUACAAACGAACAGCCCUUAUAUGUCACGAUGCGACUACGACGGGGUCUUCUACAGGGUGUUCUGUGUCACUCUGCUGGCCACCGCGUUCACCUUCACCGUGAUAUUGACCAACGUCUUCAUCGAUAUCGACGGGUUGCUGUCGAGGAGAGCGAAACAAAGCCACGGGAUCGAGCAAAAUGGAAAUUAUGAAACAACAACAGAUACUCCAUACGAAAUGACUGAGGAAAACAUGGACAAGAAUGAUAUAGACGAUAAAGCGGAAACUGCCUUUAGAACAAAAAGAUCCUUAGAAACUACAAAUUUUCUUUCACAUCUUAAAACGCACAAAAUCAAGAAAAUCUUCAACACGCGAUUGGCUAAGCUUCUUGAGCGUUUAGACAAACAAGAGAGCGACGAUGAAGAUAUAUUUAAUGCAGCGAAAACCACAAAUGGUUUUGAUAGUAACAAAAAAUCUUUAGAGGAGGAAACAGUGGAUAAACAAAAUAAGGAACAUGUUAAUGAUUACAAUGGAAGCAAGACAAAGAAAAAUCCACUUCCUCCAAACGUACAAAACAUACUUCAAGGUAUAAUAAGACAUAUAUACGAAAAGAACGAUUAUGUACAAUCCGAUAAGCUGAUAAAUAAUUUAAACAAUGUAAAUCUAAAAGGUAAUAAAACAGAAGAACAACAAAUCCACUUACAUCGAAAAACCCUAAAGGACGCUGAUGAGCAUUUAAAAAAAAUAAAAAACAUCGCGGAACUAAAAGAAAAUGCCACAGGGAGUUUAAGCAAAUCCAAAACAACCACUAACUCUAUGUCAAGUUCACUGUUCCGAAAAGAGGAAAAAUUUAUCAAAACAAAACUUGGAAAAAGAAAUUCAAAUUUACAUAAUAAGGCAGAAAAACUCGGAAUCGGUAUUCUACCAGAAAAAAUAAAGAGGACACACGAAUAUAAGUAUCAAAAUGAUCCAAUUGAUUUAAACUUCCUAGAAAAAGAUAUACAAUCAUAUAAAGAUGACAAAUUGAAUAAUUUUACCAUUGGUGAAAAUAAAGUUAAUUUAAUAUUAAAGUUAAAAGAAUGGGAUGAACAAUAUAGGAAUAAACAACUUCCUAGAGUAAUUGACGAUUAUAAACAGAACAAUGGUUCUUAUCAGUCUUCGCAAUCUUUGAGGAACAACUCCAUUCAUCAGUUUGAAUUAUCUAAGGGCACUACUCAAAGGAAUCAAACAAACCGUUUAAAAAGGCACAUCAAAGUAAGAUAUGAUGACCACGAAGCUUCAACAAAAAGAUUAAAACCAGUACGAAACGGAAUGAAAAAAACGGACGACGAUUUGUACGUCGAAAUAGAGACACACUUUAACGGCAAAGGAGUUAAAGGGGAGAGAAAGAAGAAGCUUGUUAGAAAUCUCAUCGACAGAAUUCAGAAAGCAAUACGAUCGGAUGUGGAUCCGCAAGAUGAAGCGAAUCAAAGGAUAUCAAAACUGGUGUUAAAAGCCAAAACACGUACGCAGAUACAGGAAACG